GUGCGGAAAUAACGGCAGGUACGUUGCAUCCCACAUCGGAAAUAUACGCAUCAAAACAAUGCUUUAUAUACCAUGGCUAAUACUUUAAGGGGCACGACCUUACUUGAACAGGAUCUGUUCUAUAGGCUCGUACUACUGUAUCCUUGAGUUCUAAGGAGACAGGAUCCCAAGUCUGGUUGAUGAACUAUGGCCGCAUGAUCAGAGCGUGAUUAACAGCCUCGUGGCCCUUGGACCACGGAUGCAGUAGAGGAUCGUUCUCAGCCAUCAGAGUAUGGCUGCGAUGGUCAUGCGGUUGUCUGACAGACUCCCAAAUUCCCUUUUUCUCAACUGGCCCCCUACCCAUCGUUCCUCCUCAUCUUAACGCCGUACCCCAAAGCUUGUUCUACCAUCAUCAUCUCUCAUAUUCAUGCACCUAUGACACGGUUUGAGCCUAUCGUUCCAUUUACAGUCGGUUUUUUGGUUAUACAAAACAAAUCAGAGGAGUGUGUUUUGCCCAGGAUAGUUUUUCGCUUCAGAGGAGGUCCUAAUAGCCAGAGGAUAAGCCGUUAAUUUGAGGCCAAGAAAAUACCUUCGUCCUAGUGCUAAUUUACUUUUUUUUUUUGGGCCACACUUUGGGUAGAUUUUUUUUCGUUUUUUAAAUCCAGUGAAGUCCUUAUGGCUUUAUUUUUUGAGAGACCUUUAUUAAUUCUUUAAGAAAACAAAUUAACGGAUGUGGAAUGAUAUCCAAAGUUGCAAGCGUAAUGUCGAAUGGUUACUUGAAAUUCUUGUUUUGUUUCUCAAUGAAUCGUAUUAUAUUAACUUGUUUUAUUUCAAAAUUAAUAUAGAGUCACAUAAGAAUCGAGCCGAAGUUACUGAACCCAAUCAAAGGAAAUAGAUGGAUUGAAUUUGGGUCCUUGAGUUGCAUCCUUCGGGUUGAUGAAUUUGAAGUAUAGAGGUACUUUUUACCGUUCGAAACUGAACUAGUAAAGUAUAUCAAUAAAUGAGACCUGUAUUUGUCACCUGCACCAAUCGUGGUCACUAGUCAGUGUCAUUCUUCAGCUAAGGAUCUUUCUCAGAUUUUUAAAUGGUAUGGUCCAACCGAAUCCUCCUGAAAUACCAGAAACCCUGUUGAGAUAGAAAGCUAAUUAACAGAGAGGAAAAGGAAUAAAGAAGGAAGAGAGGCUGAAAAUGGGCAUGCGCUGGUUUCGGCGUUUGAUUCGAGAUUAGGGCGGAUGAUAAUGGUAGCUCUGCUAGUAAUGGUGGGCACCUUCUACGCUGGCACCCUCUUCGGUAACAAUGCCCCCAUUUACGUCUCCCAGCUCCCGGUCAAGUCUUUUUCAUCAUCCACUGAUGAUUCUGGAUUUCCAAACAAAGUUGCUAUUACUUACAGAAAAACACCGCUUUUGAUCCCUGAAACUGGGAUGAAUGUGUGCCCAUUGACAUUCGAUGAGUAUAUCCCCUGCCAUGAUGUUUCUUAUGUGAAGAAUUUUGUCGUUAGCUUGGAUGUUUCUAGAAAGGAACAACUAGAGAGGCACUGCCCUCCACCCAAGAAGCGAUUAUUUUGCUUGAUUCAACCACCAAAUAAUUAUAAGAUACCAAUAAAAUGGCCAACCAGCAGGGAUUAUGUCUGGAGAAGCAAUGCGAGCCAUACAAUUCUUGCUAAAGUCAAAGGAGGACAAAAUUGGGUGCACGAGAAGAAUCAAUUCUGGUGGUUCCCAGGUGGUGGUACCCAUUUCAAACAUGGGGCGGCUGAGUAUAUUCAAAGGUUAGGAAAUAUGAUUACGAGUGAAAAAGGUGAUCUGCAUUCCGCAGGGGUAGUUCAAAUUUUGGAUGUUGUUUGUGGGGUUGCCAGCUUCUCUGCUUUCCUCAUUUCCUUGGAUAUACAGACAAUGUCUUUUGCUCCCAUAGAUAUUCACGAGAGUCAGAUUCAAUUUGCAUUAGAGCGAGGAAUUGGUGCAAUGAUCUCUACUUUAGCCACAAAACAACUACCAUACCCCAGUAGCUCCUUCGAGAUGGCUCACUGCUCAAGGUGUCGUGUUGAUUGGCAUGAGAAUGAUGGUAUUUUACUCAAAGAAGUGAAUCGCCUUCUGCGAUCUAAUGGGUACUUUGUAUAUUCAGCUCCACCCGCCUAUAGAAAGGAUAAAGAUUUUCCCUCGAUCUGGAAUAAAUUGGUAAAUCUGACUUCAGCAAUGUGCUGGAAACUCAUUGGUCGAAAAGUUCAGACAGCAAUCUGGAUGAAACUAGAAAAUCAAACUUGCCUUCUGGACAGUGCAGAGCAGAAGCGGUUGAGCAUAUGUGAUGAUGUUGAUGAUUCCAAACCAUCAUGGAAUAUACCACUGAGGAAUUGUAUACAAGUACGAAUUGAAGGAAGAAAUUUCCAGAAACUACGGUCUAGGGCAGAUCGUCUUUCAAUAUAUCCAGAGACUCUCUCCAGAAUAGGUAUUAGUGAAAAGGAAUUUACUUCAGACACACUGUUUUGGCAAGAUCAAGUUCGCCUUUACUGGAGGUUGAUGAAUAUCAGUAGGACAGAUAUACGAAAUGUCAUGGACAUGAAUGCUUUCUGUGGUGGAUUUGCUGUAGCUUUGAAUCCGUUGCCUGUUUGGGUAAUGAAUAUAGUUCCGGCAAGCAUGAAGAAUACCUUGUCUGCUAUUUAUGAUCGCGGAGUGAGUGGCGCUUUCCAUGAUUGGUGUGAACCAUUCUCAACUUAUCCACGCACGUACGACCUGUUGCAUGCUGACCAUCUUUUCCCUCACUAUAAAAGCCAUGGAGAAGGUUGCUUACUGGAGGAUAUUAUGUUGGAGAUGGACCGCAUAAUCCGACCCCAGGGAUUUAUUAUUAUUAGAGACGAGGAAUCUAUAGCAUCAAGAAUCAUAGAUGUUGCUCCCAAAUUUCUGUGGGAGGUUAAAUCGCAUUUGGUAGAAAACGAUAAAAAGAGGAUGGAAUCUGUGUUAAUUUGCAGAAAGAAGUUUUGGGCAAUUUUAUAAGGUUUAGCCGCCUGCAGAGCUUUGCCAAUACAGGUUUCUAGACAUGUAGGUUGUAUUUUGUAAUGAAAAAAUCUACACAACCUCCCAACACCCCAACAUCCCACCCUUUUUCAAUUUUUUGAUAUUUUCUUAAUAUUUUUUUUUUUUGAAUUUAUUCUUUUUAAAUUAAUUUAAUUAUUUUAUUUAUUAUUUAUAUAUUAAAUAUUUAAUAAAAAAUAAAAUAAUAAAAAUUAAAAAAAGGAUGGGGUGUUGGGAGGUACUUUUGUAAUAACUCAGUUUUUUUCUUUUGCAUCUGCUUGUAGAAUGAAUCAAGCAAG